AUGAUUCCUGCAUCUCUAUUUUAAAGAAACAAAAAAGAUAUAAAAAAAUAAGUAUCAGAGAGUGAUGAAGAUGAAACACCUAUGAGAAGAAAAAACAAAUUAAAUUUUUAAAAUUUAUAAUUAGUUGAUUUUAAUGAUAUAGCAGAUUAAGAAGAAUUGGAUGCAGCUAAAGAAGAUGCUUUAUCAAGUAAUUUUAAUCCAUUAAUUUAAGAUCAAUUUAAAAAUAAUAGUAUUAGAGAAGAAGAAGAAUCAGAUUAAAGUGAAUCAACUUCAAGAAAAAAUAAUAUUAAAUAACUUCGCUUACCUAGAUUAAGUGAUAAAAGAUAGUUAAAUACAUCAGAAUAAAUGGAUUAAGUUUAAGAGAACUAAUAAAGUUAAGAAGAACCUAUGGCUGAACCAAUGGCAGAAUUUGCAAAAACACCUUCUCCUAAUAGAGUAUCAAAUAGAUCUCCAAAUCAAUAAAGUCAUAAAUAGCCAACACUUCAAAAUUAAGAUGGUAUCUGUGUGAUUGUGAAAAUUAGAAAGUAGCUCUGAAUUCGAUAUAUUCAGUCCAGAUAAAUCUAUGGAUAAAGAAUAACCUCCUAGAAAUAUUGAAUUAGAUGAAAAAUUAAGUAAAUUAACUCAAGAAGCCAAUGCAAUAGAAAGAAUUUUACCUAAUUGUAUCAUUAAUCCAUAUGGAAAGUUUAAAUCCACUUGGAGUGGACUUAUGAUUCUACUUCUAAUCUAUGUGUAAUACAUUUCCUAACAAAAUUAGAGUUUUAAUAUUACCAGUUCGUUUAGCUUUUGAAACAAAUACUCAAGAAUUAUUAGGAUUAGAUUUAUCUGUAGAUUGUAUAUUUUUCUUUGAUAUGGUUUUUACAUUUUUCACUGCCUAUGAAGAUGAAAGAGGUAUUGUUAUAGUUGAAUUCAAAAAAAUUGCCAUCAAUUACAUGAAAGGAUGGUUUUGGAUUGAUCUAAUUUCAACUUUCCCUUUAUAUUUGAUAUUAGAUCCCUCUGUACUUCCAGGAGCAUCUAGUGUUAAUGGACUUUUAAGAUUAGCAAGAUUACCUAGAAUAUAUAAAUUAGUUGGAGUUUUAAGAGUAGGUAAUCUUAUAAAACAUUAAACAAUAUAAAAAUUGUUUUUCUUUUUAAAACUUAAUAAAGAAUAUAGUUUAAUUUUAAAAUUCAUAAUUUUAACAUUUGUUGUUAUACAUUUAGCUGGAUGCUUUUGGUAUUUUAUAGGAACCAUAAGUCCUGAUCCAAAUAAUAAUUGGAUUGUUGUAUAUAUUCCAGAUGGUACAUCAGCUGUUGAAUAAUAUAUAGCUAGUGUUUAUUUUGUAUUAACUAUUUUGGUUACUGUUGGAUAUGGUAAUAUUUUGCCAGUAAAUAAUAUGGAAUAUGUUGUAGGAAUAAUCUUUUAAUUUUUGGGAGUAGCCUUCUUUGCUUAUGUCAUGGGUACAUUGACAUUUACAUUUGCUAAAUUAUCUUAAAAAUUAACUAUGAUUAAAGAAAGAGAAAUCUUUUUUAAUGAAUUAGCUCAUACUUAUUAAUUACCUAAAGAAACACAUGAAAGAUUAUUGAUGUCCAUUUAAAACUCUAUUUUCUCUCAUUCUAAUUAAAUAUUAGAAUUUUAUAAUGAAGAAGAUAUCAUAUAAGAAUUGCCUCCCUUAGUUUAAGGAUUAGUAUGUGAAUUUAUUUUUAAAGACAUUAUAGAAAAAAUUAGAUUCUUAUAAAAUAAACCAAGAGGCUUCUUGAGGAGAUUAUUUAGAUCAAUAAUUCCAGUAUUUUUAAAUAAAGGUGAUGCAAUAUUUUUUAGAGGAGAACCUGCUGAUUUUGUUUACUUUGUUAUAGAAGGUAGAUUGGCUACAAAAUGUGAAGAUUAAAAUGGCAAAAUUAGAACUUUAAUACAUGUUGAAGGAUCUUAUUUUGGAGAAGUAGAUAUAUUAGUAUCAAGAGCAAGAGGAGAAUCUGCAAUAGCUGAAUCAUAAGCAGAAGUCUGGAAAAUUAGUAAAGAAGCUUUUCUUAGGAUUCUUAACGAUUAUGAAGAUGUGAAAAUGGAAAUUUUAGAUUAUGCUGUUAAAAAAGAAAAGAAUAGAAAAAGUACAGUAAAAAUAAUAAAAAAUGCUUAAUUUUUUGAAUUAAUAGCUAAAUCAAAAAAGGAUUAAAUUUGUUUGAAUAAAGCUUAAUUUAUCUUAAAAAUUAAAGAGAAAAUGAUUAAUUCAUUGAAUGAAAUAGUAAAAAAUAAAACUGAAAAUGGAAAAGAAUUGUUUCCAAAUCUUUCUGAUUUAGAUCUUUUUUUAGAUAAAGUUAGUGAAUAUAAUAAAGUAAAUAUAUUAUAAAAAAUAUAUUUAGAUUAAAAAGAAGUUAUAAAUUAGUGAUCAAGAUUUAACUUCACUCAAACAUCUAAGAAGCACUAACUAUACUGAUCCAGAAAUAGAAGAUUCUCUAUUAAAAGGAAUGAGAGUCUAAUCCCAUCUCUAAUCAAUAUAAGAAUAUUUAUGA